AAGGUGAGCAUGGAAGUAAAAGCAUUUCACUUUCAUUGCAUCAUCGCCUUGCUUUGCUUCCCCCCGGUCCUCGAAAAACUCACUUUCCGCGUAAAUGCAAAAAACAACUAUUAAAAUAUCAAAACCACUUUACAUUCAUUCCACUGUAAGAGAGUGGCGGUGUUGUGAGUGUAAGCCAACAAGCUCAAGUAGUAGAAGAAGAACCCACUUGUUUGCUUUCACCGCCAUUCCCUUCACUCUUCUUCUCAAACUCAGAUUAAACACCUACCCAAUUACUUUUCGUUCAUUUUUGUCUUUCCCCUUUCUUAGAUCAUUCCCAAAAUAGCUAUGAGAAACCAUCUUCUAUUCUUAUACGUUCUCAUUGCACUAGCCCCCACUUUCUCUCUCCACUCUCAACCUCACGCUGCUCCUGCAGGGCCGUUGAUUAAGCAUCUCUCUUCGCUCAUCAAAUGGACAAGGUCUACCUCCAAGACGCCACACUCAGACGGGAAUGUUCUUCAAUUCGAGAAUGGUUAUGUGGUUGAGACUGUUGUAGAAGGAAACGAGAUUGGGGUCAUCCCUUACAGAAUCCGUGUCUCUGAAGAAGAUGGUGAACUCUUUGCUGUUGAUGCAAGUAAUAGCAACAUUGUUCGAAUCACUCCGCCUUUGUCCCAAUAUAGUAGAGGAAGAUUGGUUGCUGGGUCAUUUCAGGGCUACACUGGCCAUGUGGAUGGAAAGCCAAGUGACGCUCGUUUCAAUCAUCCCCAAGGCAUAACCAUGGAUGAUAAAGGGAAUGUAUAUGUUGCUGAUACUCAUAAUCUGGCCAUCAGAAAGAUUGGAGAUGCUGGUGUGACAACCAUUGCUGGAGGAAAGUCACCUGUUGCAGGCUACAGGGAUGGGCCUAGUGAGGAUGCUAAGUUCUCAAAUGAUUUUGAUGUGGUAUAUGUUCGGCCUACAUGUUCCUUGUUGGUUAUUGAUAGGGGAAAUGCUGCUCUUCGGCAAAUCUAUCUUGACCAAGAGGACUGUGAUUAUCAGUCUAGUUCAAUUUCCAGUACAGAUAUCCUUACUGUUGUUGGUGCUGUUCUGGUAGGAUAUGCUACAUGUAUGCUUCAGCAGGGGUUUGGAUCCUCUUUCUUCUCAAAAGCACAACCAUCAGAAAGAGAGUUCAAAGUGCAAGCAAGCAAUGAGAAACACAUGCCAAUCCUAGAGAGCAGUAAAGAAGAGCCUGGAUGGCCAUCUUUUGGGCAGCUUGUUGUUGAUCUUUCUAAACUUUCCCUUGAAGCAUUGGCGAGUGCAUUCACUCAAUUCAUACCAUCGCAUUUCAGAUCUGGCAAUUCCAAGAGAGGCCUAACACCACUGAAAGAUCGUCUUUUGAUGCCUGAAGAUGAAGUGCAGCCUCCAUUGGUCAAUAGGAAAAAUGCUCCUAUUCCUCUUACUGAAAAUAGGCAGAUACCACAGGUCCAUACUCCAAGCACAACUGAAAAAUAUUCAGAAAUGAAGCCCCCUAAGAUAAAGUCAAGCAGUUUCAAGGACCCCUCCAUGUCAAGUAAGCACCGUUUAAAACGACCCGAGUAUGCUGAAUUCUAUGGAUCUACUGAGAUUCCUCCAUACACUAAAUCUAAAAGCCAGAAAGAAAGGCCAAGACAUAGACAACGAGAAAAGAGUGGAGAAGUUAUUUUUGGAGCCGAGGCUAAACCGGUUGAGACAAGGGCUGCUGAUCAUAAGAAUCCAAAGUUUGAUCAUUACAGUAUGAGGACUAAGUAUGCAUCCGAGGAGUCCUUUAGAUUCAACUCUCAGUAAUAAGUUUUGCAUGAUUUAUUUUCACUAGUAUUCUGUUCUCCAUUAUAUAUUGAAUAUGUGCACCUACAUCUGUUUGAUGUUUGUAUGUACUUGAAGCUGAAGCUGUAUUAUAACCAAAUAUUCUCUGCUUAGAGAACCAUGCAGAGGUGGGAGGAUUAAUGUUGACCCAUGUGCUGAAAUAUAUGUGAUAAAAUUAGCAUCCCCUCAUACAAAGUUGUUCAGUUUCAAGGAGAUUGCUCUCUCUUCUUAACUACUUGUUUCUUUCCAAGUCAUUUCCUGAAUUCUAUCUUUAUCUUUUAGUUGAACCAUCAAACACUCGGGAGUCAGAAGUCAGAAGUCAGAAGCCAGAACAUUGAAGAUGAUUCAAAUUACAUUUCCUGUUUGGUAUUUGCAUCAACCAAUUCAUCUUCAUUUCUAUUAAAAAUGGGGUUAUGUUGUCUUCCGAUUAAUGUAUGCACUUUAACCAUCUGCCAAAACAAUUUGUUGCUUAUCUGUUGGAUAUUCGAAUAAAUAAUAUGCCUAGCUCAUUUAUUUU